GUUUUCUCUUCAUAUUUUGUGCAGAAGUGAAAGCAUGGUAGUGCACAGUGUUUUCAUAGUGUCCAAAUCUGGCGGUUUGAUUUACAGUCAUGAGCAUAAUGUGCCGAAGGUGGAAACAGAACGGCUGUACACGUUUCCGCUUCCGUUCCAACUUGAAGAGCGAAACAAACGAGUUAUCGUAGCUUUUGGAGAACAGGGAGGCGUAAAAGUUGGUCACUGCGUGUCAGCCAUAAAUAAGGUCCCGGUCAAUGGACACCUCACGGGAGAUAAUAAACCCUUGUUGGAUUUUAUGAGAAACGAACAAAACUAUCCUUUGACUAUCAAAUUCGCCAAAACGCCGGUAUCCACCAACGAAAAGAUAUUUCUGGCGUCCAUGUUUUACAGCUUGUAUGCGAUUGCGUGUCAGUUGAGUCCAGAGCAGAAAAGCUCUGGAAUAAAGACGCUGGAAUGCGAUACCUUCUUGUUACAGUGUUUACAAACUGUCACAGGUGUGAAGUUUGUGGUUGUCUCUGACACGAAGCAGAAUGGAGGAGAGUCUCUUUUGAGGAGAAUGCAUGAAUUGUAUUCGGACUUCGCUAUGAAAAAUCCUUUUUAUUCCCUCGAAAUGCCUGUUGUAUGCGAAUUGUUCGAUGAACAUUUAGUCAAGGGUAUCGAACUGGUAGAACGAACUGGAACCGCUUUCGCUUGAUCUUUUUUUUAAUCUGUCUCCUCAAGCUGGUAACCCUCUUCAUUGCUGUGAUAAAUUGAUUUUAAGUUGUUCCCUGUUCUGCGAAAAUAUUGAAGGAAUCCGAGGCCGUUUUGAUUGUUGGACUGAAGGGCUAAACUUUCCUGGGCUUCGUUCAAAUUAAACUAUUCCCGG